AUGUGUAUUGUUUGUCCAGCGUGGAGCGGGGCGGGCGCGGAGGCGGCGGCGGCGGCGGCGGGCGGCGCGGCGCUACUGGCGGGGCUGGCGCCGGGGGUCAACUACUCGGUCAGCGUGCGCGCGCGCGGCGACCGCGGCCCCGGCCCGCGCAGCGCGCCCGUCUACUGCGCCACGCUCGAAGAUGUGCCUGCGGCGCCGGAGGGCGUGGCGGCGGCGGCGGCGGGCGCGGGCGCGCUGCUGGUGGCGUGGCGCGCGCCGCCCGGCCCCAUCACACACUACACGCUGCAUCUCCGCGAACUAGACAAAUCGGGCAGCGAGUGGUCGCUGCAGGUGGCGGGUGGCGCGGGCGGCGCGGCGGGCGCGGACGGCGCGGGCUGCGCGCUGGCGCGGGCGGCGGGGCUGGCGCGCGCGCCGCACGCGCUGUGGCUGCGGGCGCACUCGCGCGCCGGCCCGGGCGCUGCCAGCGCCACCGUCACCGCCACGCCCAGCGACAACCCGCCGACGCGGCUGCUGUCGCCGGCCACGUCGCUGGUGGUGGAGGGCGGCGCGCGCGUGCGGCUGUGCUGCGCCGCGGCGGGGGCGGGGGCGGGGGCGCGGGGGGCGGCGCGCGCCUGGCGCCCCUUGCCGCGCCCCCCCGCCGCGCACGCCAUCACCGACACCGGGGAUUUGGUCAUCCAUGGCAUGGACUACCGGAACAGCGGCAACUACACGUGCACGCUGCGCACGCGCGAGGGGGCGUGGGGCGUGACGCACUCGGUGCUGGUGGCGCCCCCCCCGCGCGCGCCCCCCGCCCCCCGCCUGGCGCGCGCCUCCAGGCACAAGAUACACCUCGUUUGGGACCCUGUUGUGGAUCCUGUUGCACCUAUAAUCGGCUACACGGUGUGGUGGUCGGUGUCGGGCGCGGCUGGGGCGCGGCGCGCGGUGGGGGCGCGCGGGGGCGCGGUACUGGGGGCGCUGCCGUGCGGCGCCGCCGUGUCCGUCACGCUCACGGCGCACACGCGCACACACGCCUCGCCGCACUCGCCGCCGCUACACGUCACCACUAAAGGAGAAAGGCCAGUGGCGGCGCCGGCGCGCGCCACGGUGUGCGGCAACAGCUCGGCGCUGACCGUGUCGCUGCUGGCGUGGCGCGCGGCGUGCGACGUGGCGUGGCGCGUGGCGCUGCGUCCUGCCACACCCGGCGCGCCCUGGAGGGACCUACCCGUCGACGGGGACGUCGUUGAGGCGACGGGUCUGUCGCCGGGCACGUGGCACGAGGUGCGCGUGGAGGCGCGCGCGGCGGGCGGCGCCACCGUCGCGCUGUACCGCGCCGCCACGCUCUCCGCCGACGGAGAGCACAUAGGAGAACCCAUAGAGAUCCCAGUGGAGGCAGAUUCUCGUGUGUCGGACGGCGCGGGCCCGGCGCGCGCGGCGUGGCGCGGCGCGCUGUCGCCGGCGCUACUGGCGGGCGCGCUGCUGGCGCUGGCGGGGGCGGCGGGGGGCGCCGCGCUGCUGCUGCGCCGCCGCCCCGCCCCCGCCCCCGCCCCGCGCGCCGCACCCGCCACGCCGCUCUACACCACCGAGCCAGGGAAACGGAAUGGGAAAUCGUUGUCCCCUCUACAUGAUGGCUCGCUCCACGAGAUCAGUCCAUACGCGACGUUCAGCAUGGGCCCGGGGGGCGCGGGGGGCCCGGGGGGCGUGGGGGGCGCGGUGAGCUGCGCGCUGCAUUCGUUCGGCCGCGCGGAGCCGCCGGGCCUGGCCGCGCCGCCGCCGCCGCUGCACAACGGUCAGUAA